AAAAACAUGGACCAGAUGGAGGUGGUUCAGCCAAAGUUUACAAAACUUUUAGAUGGCAUGAUGGGAGCCGAAGGUCCUGUAUUUGACAAGGACGCUAAUUUCUACAUGGUUGCACCUGAGGUAGAGAAAAAUGGACCUUUUGCUGGCCAAGUUCUUCGCAUUGAUCUGAAGAAUAGCAAGUCGUCCAUUUUAUGCGAGCCUGUUGUGGAUGGAGAAGGGGGAAUUCCGGCUGGGUGUCAGUGUGACAAAGACAACGUCUUAUGGAUUGCAGACAUGAGGCUUGGUCUUAUCACUGUGGACAAAAAUGGUGACUUCAAACAGAUUUGUAAGGAGGACAAGACAGGCCGUACAAUGCAGGGUUGUAAUGACUGCGCCUUUGAUUACGAUGGAAAUCUGUGGAUAACGGCACCAGCUGGAAAAAUUGCCCCUCACCCAUACGAGAGGUCGAUGGAGGAACCUUUUGGGUCUGUGUACUGCUUCACUAGUCAGAAGGAGAUGUCGUUGAUUGAUACUGGGCUUAGGUUUCCUAAUGGCAUUGCUGUGUUACAUUCCCCAGAUGGCAGACCUCAAACCCUGAUUGUAGCAGAGACCCCCACUAAAUCCCUGUGGGCCUAUGAAAUCCAGGGUAAUGGGAAAGUAGGACAGAGGAAACUGUGGGGAAAACUGCCAGGUGACACAGAAGGAGGACCAGAUGGCAUGGACUUUGAUGAGGAGAACAACUUAUUAGUGGCUCACUGGGGGUCAGGAUUUCUGGAGGUGUUUGGAAGAGAGGGAGGGAGCCCUCACACACGCAUCAAGUGCCCCUUCUCCAGGACUAGUAACCUCCACUUCAGGAAAGGGACAAAGGAAGUAUACGUUACUGAGCAUGAUUCUCAUGGGGUUUGGAAGUUUGAGUGGCAGAGACCAGGCAAAUUACAGUAUUGUGACAUCAUAUCUCUGUGAGGCAGCUAAUAAUGUUAUUGUAUUUAUUGAGUUAUUAUGACUUUAUCAGUGGUGCUAGGUUCUUACCUUAAAACACAGCUUGGUUGUUAAAAAAUGUUUAAAAAUAAAUAUGACACUACAAACAUUGUAUGAUGCAUUUAUUGAUGUAGAAAACAGACAUUUUGUAUGUAUAUUUUGAUAUACAUAUAAAUGCAAUAUAUUAACAAUAACUGCGUAGUUUGUUUUAAAUAUUAAAAUGACAAUCAUUUUUAAAAUAAUUGUAUACAGGUA